AUGUUGGUCAAGUCCUUCUUGUUCGGCGCCCUAGCUGCCGCCGCCGCAGCUAACUCGGUCGUCAUUGACCUUGUUCCAUCCAACUUCGACAAGGUCGUCUUAAAGUCCGGCAAGCCCACACUCGUCGAAUUCUUUGCCCCUUGGUGCGGCCACUGCAAGAAGCUUGCUCCCACAUAUGAGGAGCUUGCUCAAAACUUUGGUCAUGCCUUGGACAAGGUCCAGAUCGCCAAGGUCGAUGCCGAUGCUGAGAAGAGUCUCGGCAAGCGCUUCGGUAUCCAGGGCUUCCCUACACUCAAGUGGUUCGACGGAAAGAGUGACAAGCCCGAGGACUACAACUCCGGUCGCGACCUGGACAGCCUCAGCAACUUCAUUACAGAGAAGACUGGCGUCAAGCCCAGAAAGAAGGCUGAACUGCCUACCAGCGUCGAGAUUCUGAACGACUCCAACUUUGACAAGACUGUUGGUGGCAAGCAGAACGUACUUGUCGCUUUCACUGCUCCCUGGUGUGGACACUGCAAGAACCUCGCCCCUACCUGGGAGACCCUUGCGACCGAUUUCGUUGGUGACGAGAACGUUGUUAUUGCCAAGGUCGAUGCCGACGCCGCGAGUGGAAAGAAGACUGCCAAGGCACAUGGAGUCACUGGAUAUCCCACCAUCAAGUUCUUCCCCGCCGGAGACAAGGAGGGCCAGAUCUACCAGGGCGGCCGUUCCGAGGAGGACUUCAUCCAGUUCAUCAACGAGAAGGCCGGCACCGACAGAAUCGCUGGUGGAUCUCUGAACAACCGUGCUGGCACCAUUGAAGCUCUUGACAACAUCAUCUCCAAGCUGACUGGCACCAACCUUGCUGAGAUUUCCAAGGAGGUCAAGACAAAGGCCGAGGAGUUCAAGGAGGGUGCUGACCUCAAGUACGCCCAGUACUACAACCGCGUUUUCGACAAGCUCAACGAGAGCGAGAACUACGCCCAGAAGGAGUUUGCCAGACUCCAGGGUCUUCUGGCCAAGACCGACGUCGCUGCUUCCAAGCGUGACGAGCUCAAGCGCAAGUCGAAUGUCCUCCGCUUGUUCGUUGAGAAGCUCAAGCCUGCGCAGAAGGACGAGCUGUAA